ACACAAUGUAGCAAUUAUUUAAAUAAACAAAGUUCCGUUAGCUAACUGUGAGUUAUUAUCUCCGAGAGCUGUGAACUUAAAGUCGGCUCAUUUGCAUAAUCGCGUUUGAAGAUGUUCUCCAACAAACUAACUUUCCUCCUAAUUUUGAACGUGUUGAUUGGAAAAUUCACGGAGUCAAGUCGGGGAAAAAGGACCUUGAUUUGGGAGCCGGGAAAUAGCAGAUUACAAAUUAUUACAGGGAUUGGUGUCCCCCUGGACCUCCAAUUAGAAACCGUAAUCAUCGGCUGGAUAAUUAAAGGCUACUAUCGAUUGCCCUCCAACGUGUCUGAUAUCAAACCUUUCGGGAAUAUUUACUACGAGAGAAAGAAACGGUCACUUUCCAGAUGGGAUAUUUAUGAUCUUUUGGCUCAGAUGUGGCAAAUGCGUGGAUUUGGCGGUAAAUCUUGCAUAUUGAGGGCCAUUUGUGAAUUAUCGCAUAGUCCGCUUGAUAGAAAUUAUGGACUUUUUGAUGAAUUGAUGCACGUGGUUUUCAGUCCAAGUACGACGAAGGAAAAAGUUCGAUCACAUAGCGAUAAUGAAUAUUAUGCUGCUCAGAAGCUGGGGAGGAACUCGGGCGAGUCCUGCAAGGCGAAAUUCGAUGAUUGUGCACACAAUUUAUUGGAUAUAUUUACUGUCUAAAAAUAUUUCUGUAUAAUAAAGAGUUAUCAAUAAAAUCUAUUUAUUAACCACAGCUUUGAUUAUUAUUAUCUACUAAAUACGAGAAAUUUACAGAAAUGCGGAAUAUAAAAGUCAAAAAUUUUAAAAUUAACUUUAGGGCCAGUUAAAAAACUUUUAUUAUGAUUUACGGUAAGUACAAGGUAAUUGUGAAGAGAUUCUUAAGCAGAUAAUUAAAAAUAUUUUUAUAACAUCAUUUUUGAAAUUAGCUUUAAGAACUUUGUAUAAACAAUCAAGCUGUCUAGUUAUAAAUUUAAUUAAGCUUAAACCUGAAACGUCAAGUCGGAUUUAAAAUUGAACUAUUUAGUCAAGCCACAAAUGAAAUUAAUUUCUCUGGACAUAGCUCAAAUUGUUUUUCACAAACAAGUUUAAUUUAAAAUAAAUCAAAGUUGAGUUAUUUUUAAUUGAUCUCAGUGUAAAUAAUGUAAAUAUAUUUUCAAACACAAAUAACAAUAAAAGUAUCAAAACGUUGCGACAAAAUUAAUAGUUUUAUUUCCCUUGUUCUAUAUCCUAUCUUCGAUGAAAUUAAACAAAAAGAUAUUUUUAUCACAAAUAAUAAUUAUUAAAAUUAACCAAUUAAAAAACUUUUAUUUAUAGCUAUCUCUCAGAAGUAUUAACACAAUUUAACUUAAAUAUUUACAUUGUCUAUUAUUCCGAUAAUCCAGAUUAAAAUAUCUAUCAAUAAUUUGUCACAGAACUGCCAAAAAGCAUUCAAAAAAUGUUGUUAACACUACAUUUUUGUUGUUUAUAGA